AUGCCCCUGAUCAUCUUCUCGGGUCUUCCCACGUCGGGAAAAUCUACCCGCGCCGCCCAACUCCGCGCCUACCUCGCCGACCGCAUCGCCGCCGAAUCCGAGUCUGCGCAAAAGAACAGCAUCGACACCGACACCGACACCGGGAAUACUGGCGCCAAACCCAAGAAACCUCCCUACCGCCUCCACCUCAUCUCCGACACAACCCUCUCCAUCCCACGCACCGUGUAUGACCUCUCGGCGCUGCCGCCGCACGCACGCUCGGCCAAUGCACCGGAGAAGGACGCCCGGGCCAGCAUCUACGGCGCUGUCAAGCGUGUUCUCUCCGACCGGGACAUCGUGAUCCUCGACGGGCUGAAUUACAUCAAGGGGUGGAGGUAUCAGCUACACUGCGAAGCCAAGGCGGCGAGCACCCCAAGCGUCGUUGUACAGGUGGGGUGUACGACUGAGCGGGCGAGAGCGGUGAACGAGGCGCGGUUGCGAAGGAGGGAGAGCAAGAGGAAGAGGACAACGGAGACGACAGAGGAGCGAGGCCAGGGGGCGGAUACAGGAGGAGAGGCUCCGACUUCUGGGGGCGACGGCGACGGUGGCCAGGAACAAGAAGAACAAGAACGAGAACACGACGGGCUUGAAGGUGAUGAUGAGGAACCUUAUGAGCCAGAUAACUGGGACAACCUCGUGUUCCGCUACGAGGAGCCGAAUCCGAUGACGCGUUGGGACAGUCCUCUGUUCACGCUCGUGUGGGAGGACGACGCGGAACAGACACGCCGAACAUUUGACGGAAUCUGGGACGCCAUUGCGGGCCAAGGACGCAAGAAGGUCAAGCCUAACCAAGCAACGGCCCAGCGGAACCGGGAGACUUCUGGUGAUUACCUGUACGUGCUGGACAGAGAGACGCAGGAAGUGGUACGGCGAAUACUGGGACAACAGGAGGAGGGAGGUGGAGAAGUAGGGGGGUCGGUCAAGAUCUCGGCAGGCGGUGAUGGCAAGGCAGAAUUGACAGUCGAGCUGCCUGGGAAGAAGGUCGGGCUGCCACAACUACAGCGUCUCAGGAGAGCCUUUGUCGGGUUGAAUCGGGGAGGCAUUGGGCUAGAGGGUGUAGGGGAUUUCAGCGUUUCGAGGAUGAGAGAGGCGUUUGUAGGCUAUCUCAACGAUUCGUUCGAGAGGGACGAGUAGUGUGAGUGUGGGGAUAGGGAUUGCAUAACCUAUACAGGUGCUUUGGGUCAUGAUUCCCGGCGUUGGAAUCAUGCGAUACCCUUGAAGGCAGGGGUAGCUGGCGGGAUUUCCGAAAAUGUUGGCAUAAUGCCCGGGUAAGUUAUAGAGUGGAAGAAUCGUCCGUCUAUUCCCUACCAUUUCAUGACGGACCUGACGCGUGUAACGGUGCCUUUUCAGUGUUGCGUUUGUCACUUUUGACUCCUUGGAACGAGAGGGAGAGGGAGAGGGAGUCGGGGACGGAGAACAAGGAGAGAUUGAUUACCAAAUUCGGGGGUGAGAUGGCCAAGACGGCCUGUGCGGUACUGGCCGGACAAGCUUUGCCAAGGAAUUCUCACAACGAACCCCACGAACCACGAAGCUUCCUCGCACGUGUUAUGUUGAACCUCUGAUAAUGAUACGAAUUUGAUGCCAAG